UUUGCAGCGGCUGAGCGCAGCUUGACUCUCCGGUGCUUCUCAGCGGGGGAUUCUCGUUCUUGGUGUUAUUAUCAAAAUUAUUAUUAUUAUCAUUCUUAAAAAGCUUUUACAGCCUCAGCCCCGGGAUUCAGAAAUGCCUCAGCCGGGACCUGAGAGACUCGCAGAGGCGGACUGACUCCACAGCAUCGCGCCGUCUACUUUCAUUUGGACACAUUUCUCCGAGUGCGUCUUCUCCUCACAUCCACCUGCCUGCGCCCAUGGAGGGAUGUCGUGAUGCUGUGCUCAAGGAGAACGAAAACUUUGGUGUCGACAUGUGUGAUCCUGAGCGGUAUGACCAACAUCGUGUGUCUCCUGUACGUCGGCUGGAUCACCAACUAUGUGAACAACGGGGGUCCAAAAGUUGCGGAGAGCGGCGGCGAGGCGGAGAGAAAGUUGGAGGAGGACAGUAAAGGGGAGACACUGAGGAUUAUCGAGAGACUGGACCGGCUGGAGAGCGUCGUCAACGAGCACAUUAAAGACACCCCUCAGAAGGACGGAGAAGACGCUGCUUCCUCGUCUGACUCAGCCUCAGACUCCGCCUCCUCACUGUUUGACCGCUGGGGUCGCGACCUCGGCCCGGAGAGCAGAAGGGUUGCCCUCAAGAAGUUUCGCUACUUCGGCUACAAUGGCUACCUUAGCGACCGCAUCUCCCUCACCCGGCCGAUCCAGGAUCUGCGACCGGACGGGUGCAGAAACAUUUCAUAUUCAUCAGAUCUUCCUCAGCUCAGCGUCAUCUUCAUCUUUGUUAACGAGGCCUUGUCGGUGUUGCUCCGCUCUGUCCACACGGCCAUCCAGAGAACUCCUUCACACCUGCUCAAAGAGAUCAUACUGGUCGAUGAUCACAGCAACAGCCAGGAGCUGAAAGAGCACCUGCAGAGCUAUGUGGAUGAGACCAACGCUCAGCAUGGCCCAGGGUUCAUCAAGGUGGUGCGCCAUGACAAACAGGAGGGCCUGAUCAGGUCCAGAGUCAGCGGGUGGAGGGCCGCCUCAGCUCCUGUCGUCGCUCUCUUCGAUGCACAUGUGGAGUUCAACACCGGAUGGGCAGAACCUAUCCUGCACCGGAUAAAGGAGGACCGGACCCGGGUGGUGUCUCCCUCUUUUGACAACAUCAAGUACGAUACCUUUGAGAUCGAGGAGUACCCACUGUCUGCUCAGGGCUUCGACUGGGAGCUGUGGUGUCGAUACCUCAACCCACCAAAGUCCUGGUGGACACAACGCAACCACACAGCCCCUAUCAGGAGCCCUGCUCUGAUUGGCUGCUUUGUGGUCGACAGAAAGUACUUUGAGGAGAUUGGCCUGCUAGAUGAAGGCAUGGAAAUCUAUGGAGGAGAAAAUGUGGAACUCGGCAUCAGGGUGUGGCAGUGCGGUGGGAGCGUGGAGGUAUUGCCCUGUUCUAGGAUCGCACACAUUGAACGUGCUCACAAACCCUACACAGAGAACCUGACAGCCAACGUGCGGCGCAACGCUCUGAGGGUGGCUGAGGUGUGGAUGGACCAGUACAAGAGUCACGUCUACAUGGCCUGGAAUGUUCCACUGCAGAACUCAGGGAUAGACAUUGGGGACAUUUCUGCGAGAAAGGCCUUGAGAUCCAGACUCCAGUGUCGACCAUUCAGCUGGUUCCUCUCCAACAUUUACCCUGAGCUCCGGUCGUACAGUGACACAGUUGCUUACGGAGUGUUGAAGAACAGUCUGAGAGACAACCUGUGUUUGGACCAGGGACCCGACACUGACAAUGUUCCCAUCAUGUACCUCUGUCAUGGUAUGACGCCACAGAAUGUGUACUACACCAGCUCUCAGCAGCUUCACCUGGGCGUGCUGAGUCCAACAAUCGAUGAUGAUGACAACAAGUGUCUGGUGGAUGUGAACAGCAGACCCAGGCUGCUGGAGUGCAGCUACGCAGCAACCAAACACAUGAAGCUCACCUGGACAUUAACUCAGGGUGGCUCCAUCCAGAACAUUGAGUCUCAGCGUUGCUUGGAGCUGGUGGAGAGCAAACAGUCAGAGUUCACCUUCCAUCUGGCCAUUCAGGACUGCACUGAUCAGAAAUGGACCAUCACUAACAUACUGACUGUUCUCCCACAGUGACCACACUGACAACAGUCUGCCAGUGGAGCACCUUGUGUUGUGAUGGAUUAAUCAAGAAGGCCAGAGAGUUUAAGUGAGGGGACUCUGCUUCUUCAAACCUAAAAAAAAAAAAAAAAUGAAACCAAACCAGGUUCCACCGUCACAGAGUUCUGGUGCACUUAACAAGAAUUAGACUCCAGUCAGAUGUGGGCUAAGUUGCUGACCAAAGCAGGGAAUUAAGAGUCCAAAAAAUGAGCCUAGGUGGCAGACCUAUUUGUAACGAGAAUCUGCACGGGAAAAAAAAGUGUUCUUCAAUCAGACACGGGCCAUCAGUAACCUAAUAACCAUUUUAUAGCAAUGACCUGAAGAGACACUCACAGAUGGAGCUGGGGCUCUUAAAACUACCCUCUCUGCAACCAGAAUGAGAAAUAUAGUCGCUUGUUCCAGGGGACAGGCUCAUGAAAUCAUGUGAGCACUGGGGUUAUUGCAGAAGCAGGCCUGUGAUGGAUUCUGGGUCUCUGUCCUCAGUUAACGCUAGGACAUGUACUAACUCAGUCACAUCACACAAUCACCAGAGCAGACUGCGGGAGCAUGUUCUCAAUAGGUUUAUGCGCAGAGGGAAAAUUACAGGGUGCGUGAAUAGUAUUUUUACAUACUGCAUACUGGUUGAUUUGUUACAAAAAGAACAUGGAAGAGUCAGGUUUUGAGUUAUUAGAGUUACAAACCACUCGACUCCUGUGUGUUUGCAGAACACAUGCCACAGAUUUCCUCAGUAUCACAAAAAAAGUUAGCAUGAAAGUGGAGAAUAAGGACAGAGUGACUUAAAUAGACAUUGUAAAGGAAACUCUUUUCAUCAAAAGUUUCAUAGUCUUGCUUGAGAAUUCAUUUGAUCACAUGCGUAGCUGUCAAUCAUCCUGGCAGACGCAAUUUUUAUGGGGUUCAGCCACAGAGCGAAGAGAUUCAUCCAGAAAAGAAGAUUUUCCGACUCCUGGCCCCUUUAAUACCAUCUCAAAACACAACGCUUGCUCUUGCAGCACUGACACAUUGAAAGUGGUGUGGAAACUGUGAGGGUUGAAGAAGAUAAAGCACACCUUAAAAAGCCCAAGCCAGCUCUGUUUUCAUAGAAAGCACAUCAGUCUGAUGAAAGCAGCUCUCAAACAGGUGAUAUCAGAGCUACUCCUCUGAGAUGUAA